AUGGAUCAACACGUCCCCACGCAAGAACCAGCAUCAGAAGAGUCAGAAGAAGAAGCUGUAGGUGAGACCACUUAUUUUAUUUUAGUUUUAUUUAUGUUAUUACAUGUAUGUCUCACCUUUUCUCCAGGGAGUUUGAGGCUGUGUCCAAGGUUCUCCCUCUCCCCAUUUUGUCUCACAUCACCCCUGUUAGGUAGGCUAGGCUGAGAAGCAGGGACUUGCCCAAGGUCACCUGGCGAGCUUCAUGGCUGAGUAGGGACUAGAACCCCAGUCUCCCACGUCUCAGCCCAACACUCUAACCACUGUGCCACACUGCUAGAGCACAGAGCUGGUCAUGGGUCAGUGCUAAGUUCUCUCUCACACACAGGUUGGGUGAACUUGUGGGAUGUUUCUAAUGUUAAUGCUGUAUUGUGUUUUUAAUACUCGGUUGGGAGCCGCCCAGAGUGGUUGGGGAAACCCAGCCAGAUGGGCGGGGUAUAAAUAAUAAAUUAUUAUUAUUAUUAUUAUUAUUAAAUUAAAUUUAUUUCUUUCUCUCUCUCUCUCUCUCUCUCUCUCUCUCUCUCUCACUCGUGGCUUGAAGGACAACUUCCUUUUCGGUUACCUGUCACUCCUCCUGCACCUCCCACAUACAUAGAAUCAUAGAGCUGUAGGGUCGGACUACAGUUUCCCUUCCAACCCCCACAAUGCAAAACUCUCAGCUAAAGCAUCCAUGGCUGGUGGCCAUCCAACUUCUGCUUGAAAACCUCCAAGGAAGGAGAGUCCACAACCUCCUGAGGGAGACCGUUCCACUGUCCAACAGCUCUUACUGUCAGAAAGUUUUUUCCAUAUAUAUAUAUAUAUAUAUAUAUAUAUAUAUCAGCAUAUCAUUUUCAACAGUAAUUAAACAUACUUUCAUAUCUUAUACCAUUUUUUUUUACUUCCAUCAAUCACAUCUGAAAAUUUUUCAGUCUAUUCACUAAAUACACAUUUCUUACUUCCACAAUUACAUUUAACUCAUAACUAACAUCUCUAUUCUUUCUCUACUUUGCAAUACUUCAUACAUUUCUUCUUACAAAACUUCUUGUAGUACUACUAGCGUAAUUUGUUGAUUACAGCUGCUCUUCAGAUAGUUCGUAUAUUUCUUCCAAUCUUCUGUAAAUCUCUGGUCCCGCAGGUUUCAAAUCCUUCCUGUCAUUUUAUCUAAUUCUGCAUAGUCCAUUAAUUUUGUCUGCCAUUCUUCUUUCAGGUUUUUUCCCAUAUGUUUAGUAGGAAUCUCUUUUCUUGUAACUUGAAGCCAUGGGUUCAAGUCCUACCCUUUGGAGCGGCAGAAAACAAGCUUGCUCCCUCUUCCUUGCCCUUGAGAUAUUUGAAGGAGACUAUCAUAUUUCUUGUCUCCUCUUUUCCAGGCUAAACAUCCCCAGCUCCUUCAAGGAUGCUGACUAGAUAGGCAAUUGGCCUUAUCCAAAAGACUCUCUCUAAUUUGCAUGUUCCCCCCCACCCUAUUUCCACAGUUGAGGUGCCAGUGAUAGAGAUGGAGGAAGAACCAAUGGAGUUGCCCCCAGAAAAUUUGGCAGAUGAAGUGGCAGGACAGAACUUAGGCACUCAAGAUUGGCCAAGAUGGCCAGAGGAGCAGCAGCCACAGCAGCAGCAGCCACAACCACCGCCGCAGCCACAGGGAGAAGAUCAGUCUGUGCCUGAUGUGGGUGGAAUCUUCCUUAAACCAGAGGAACCGGAAGAGAGCAAGGAGAAAUGUCCUGUUGCUGCUCGGAUCAGAAUGCAAGUGAUGGAAGCUCAGAACCAGAGCUUGAAAUUGGAGGAAAGGAGCCGCAGUCCCUGCAGAAGCGCCGCCAAAUUUCCGACGCAGCUCACCGAAAGGAUGCCUCGCUCGUGUUCGCAAUGCCGGAAACCUUUCAGCUGCAGCACAAGCCUGAGAUCACAUCAAGGGGCCCACACAGCGAUGCCCUACCAGUGCGAGGAGUGUGGCAAGGUCUUUGCUCACUUAGCCAACCUGAGAGUGCACGAGAGGGGCCACGUGGGGCCAAAGACUUCCAGGUGCCCGACCUGCAAGAUCAGCUUUGCACGGUCCUUGUCCAACCUCACCGAACAUCGGAGAACUCAGCGGGAUACAUUGGAACAGAAAUAUUUUCCCUGUGUGAAAAUCGAAGGCACCCAGGUGAUGUUUCGGAUCGGGAAGGCAGAGGAGAGGCCACACCAAUGUCCACACUGUGGCGAGAGUUUUGAGGACGAGUCAAGCCUUCGUGAACAUGAGAAAACCCACAGGCGGAGGACCACCUAA